AUGGAAACAGUGGAGGUGCUGCACUUCCUUCAGUUCCUAGUAACAGGUGACAUUUUCCUUGUGCGGGGAGGAAUGAGGGCUGUGGAAUUUAAAGUUGUAGAGGUGGAUCCUAGCCCCUACUGCAUUGUUGCUCCUGACACCAUUAUCCACUGUGAGGGGGAACCCAUCAAACGAGAGGAUGAAGAAGAGAGCCUCAAUGACGUUGGCUAUGAUGACAUUGGAGGCUGCCGUAAACAACUGGCUCAGAUCAAGGAGAUGGUGGAGCUGCCCUUGAGACACCCAGCACUCUUCAAAGCUAUUGGUGUGAAGCCUCCCCAGGAGGGAUUCUUCAUCUCAUGGUCCCCUGGCACUGGCGAAAACCCUUGUGGACUCUGUGCAGUUGCAAAUGAAAAACAGGGAGCGUUUUUCUUCUUAUUCAAUUGUCCAGAGAUCAUGAGCAAAUUGGCUGGGGAGUCAGAGAGUAACUUGCGCAAAGCCUUUGAAGAGGCUGAGAAGAAUGCUCCAGCCAUCAUCUUUAUUGAUGAACUGGAUGCCAUUGCUCCUAAGAGAGAGAAGACUCAUGGGGAAGUGGAACGGCGCAUUGUUUCCCAGCUGCUCACACUCAUGGAUGGUCUGAAACAGCGAUCACAUGUGGUAGUCAUGGCUGCUACCAAUCGGCCCAACAGUAUUGAUCCUGCCCUUCGCCGAUUUGGGCGUUUUGAUCGAGAAAUUGACAUUGGGAUCCCAGAUUCAGUGGGAAGGUUGGAAAUCUUACAGAUACACACCAAGAAUAUGAAGCUGGCUGAUGAUGUGGACCUGGAGAGGGUGAGGAUGGGAAUGGAGUCUGCAAGGUGGGAAGGAGUUCCAUGUUCAAUGACACAAGGAAAGAUAUAACAAAAGGUUAUAUCA